UCUUCUCUGCAUUUUCAUUUUAUACACGUCCUGAACUCUGCCAUAAUUAAGAGUGCAUUUGAUUCUCCGUUAUUAGCAUUGAUGAUGAAGACUCUCGGUGCAAAUUGCUCUUAAUGGUAAAAUCUGAUACCUGCGGUUCAUCACUCAAUAUUGCACAAAGCAUUCAUGCCUGCGCUGACGCUGAUAUUACUUAUUUAGCCCAGUCUUUUGGUUAAACAGAAGCCUCAUCAUAACAUCAUUUUCUAUGCAAGUGUUUCAUAUUUAGGGCUUGGUGUCCGGACGUCAUCUCAUCAUCUUUUCACCGUUGUGUUUGAUUUUUGUCCACAGAAAAUCAAAGGAGGAGGUUGCUGCAUCAGUAGAAACGGCAAAGAAUGGCAUAAUAUCGCACACACUGCUGAGGAUGGAUUCUCCGCCAGAGUUUGUGUUUUCACUGUCCUGUGAACAACCCCAGUCUCCACCAACACUACCAUCUCUAGACCACAGUCCACAGGCCUUGUCCCCUCACACCCUUCUCUCUCUGCCUGACAGCCCCCCUGUCCUGCCCAUAAACAGCUCUGAACCUUCUCCCCGGAGCGCAGACACAUCGCUCUAUUUCCCAAUCUCUAACUCCCCUGUCCAGGAGGACACGAGCAACAACCACCAUGAUCUGGACGAUGAGGAUGAUGAGGCAGGUUUGGACGGAGUUCCCCCAUCACCCACCCCAGCGGUGGCUCUGUUUCCCGGAGGAGGGGGACAGGAGGCUGGAUGUAGCCCUUGUUUGGACAGCUCUCCUCCGGCUACACCAUCAGCACCACUUCUUGGCUUUGGAGCCUUGGAGCUGGCCCUCAAUUCAGGGCAUAGUGGGAACUCCAGUGAGGAGCUAGACCUUCAGCUGUUCCAGAAGGACACAGUUCCCAAAGCAGUACCUGGAGUGGGUGGGGCCUCUUCCGGGCCUGCACUCAGGUUUCCCUGUCACGUUUGUGGGAAGAGAUUCAGAUUCCAAAGUAUUUUGUCUCUUCAUUCCCGGGCACACAGUCUGGACCGGGACCGUAGAGCAGCUGCCCUCUACCGGUCUGGACUUCCCUCAGCACCUCUGAAGCAGCACCUCAAGAUUCAACAGAACCACAAAGAUGUUGUACAAAAUCACAAAAGCAAAAUAAACCAGCAUUUACUGCCAGGAACACUGGUUCAACAUCUGACAGAGAAAGAGGACGUUGACGGAGAGGUGAAGAGUCUAGAUGAAGACAUCCAGACUGACCACAAUCCUAACUUUUUACUUGAAGAUAGCACACCUUUGACCCCCCCACUAACAGAAGAUGCUGCUUGUGUGACUUCUCCGUAUUCUUCCACUGUUGGUGAGACUGCAUCCACUCCCACAGCCCCUGCAUUUCGCUGUCAUGCCUGCAAAGGCAAAUUCCGGACAGCCUCAGAGUUGGCACGUCAUGUUCGCAUCCUCCAUAACCCGUACAAAUGCACUCUUUGUCCUUUCUCUGCUAGCCAAGAAGAGAGCCUGGCAUCACAUUUACAGGAGUGCCACCCAUCUCCAGAUGUAUCUGCCGCGCCACUUGCUUUUAGUUCCAGGCCGAUUAUUACCUCCCCUGAGACUCCUAUUUCCACCCCUACCAACACACCUGCCCCCGCCGCAAACACACCACAGAUGAUGUCGGCUGGAGCAGUAGCUACUUCGCCCUCAGUGCCAGCAUUUCGGUGUGAUAUCUGUGGGCAGCGAUUUACACAGUCCUGGUUCCUUAAGGGACACAUGAGAAAGCACAAAGACUCCCUAGACCAUAAGUGUAAGGUGUGUGGCCGUGGCUUCAAAGAACCCUGGUUCCUCAAAAACCACAUGAAAGUACACCUUAACAAGCUUGGGCUCAAAGCUGGACUUGGAAUCCUCAGUGGACCAGGAACUGCUGAACAGCAGGCCAAAGGCUCUGGAAGUAAUCACACUCUUAACGCUCUGUACUCCAGUCUGCUCCUGGCUCAGCGAGGAGGUGGCAGAGGUGGACAAGGACGGUCAGACAGGAGCGCUGGAGCCAGAUUAGGGAUGGGCUCAAGCAAGUCAGCCAUUCUCGGCUACCUGGGACUGCCCAGUGAUGGCAGCGGGGCAAGCUGCAUGGAGAGACUUCAAGCAGUGGCUCAGGUGGCAGAGAUGGGAAACGGUGGUGCUGGGAUAAGUGGAGGUGAUGGAGGCAAUACAGGACGAGGAAGAGGAGCAGCUAGAAAUUCAAAGGACAGCAUAGCACCAGUAUCUGAUGCAGAACAAGCAACAUGGUGGCAACUGGUAGCUCGCAGUAUAGCAGUUGCACAGCAGCAGCAGCAGCAGCAGCAGCAGCAGCAACAGCAGCAGCAACAGCAGCAACAGCAGCAGCAGAGACAAGGUCAACGGGGUCCUGGUCGAAGGUCAGUAAUUACUGAGGCUGACCAAGUCAGAGCCUAUCUUGGUGGCCUGGAAACAAGAGAAGAUUCUGGAGGAGCUGGAGGGCCAUGGGAAUGCCCAGACUGUGGGAAGCUUUUCCGCAGCUUCCAGCAAGUGGUGGUGCACGCUCGUGUUCAUGCUCAGAGGCCACAGAAGGCAGCAGCAGCUGGUGGGGAGGAGGGAAGCGCCAAUCAUAGAGGAGUUGUGUUAGGAAGAGGAGGAAGCAAGGAAUUGAGACAAGAGGCGCAGACUCAUGGCGGUGGAUCCCAACAGGUUGAUGUGAGACAAGAAUCAAAACUGCACAGUGGUGGAUCACAUCAACCAGGGGCAGCAGCGGGAUUUCACUCUGUCAUCUCCAGCUUCAAAGGAGAGAAUGGAUUGACAGCAGUCUCCACAGUACCUUCAGUUCCCAUCAGGGAGCGAGUGCGUGGAAGAGGAAUCAAAGACUGCCCCUACUGUGGUAAAGCAUUUCGCUCUUCACACCAUCUCAAAGUACACCUGAGAGUCCACACAGGUGAGAGACCCUACAAAUGUCCUCACUGUGACUACGCAGGAACUCAGUCAGGCUCGUUAAAGUACCACCUCCAACGGCACCACAGGGAGCAACGUAAUGCCCAAUCAGCCUCGUCAAACUCCUCUUCCUCAGGCCUCAAUUCCACCAUUCACAGUUUGGCCUCUGGGACUUCUGGUAUGAGCAAGCAGCGCCGAUCCCAAAUCGACCACAGCUUGGUCAACAGAGGUCCAGCAGAGAACCCCUCGUCUCUGUCCACAAGUCAACAACAGUCCUGGCUCUUGGGAAUUCCAGACCAGCGGGAUCAACAAAAAGCCCUGGCAGCUUUAAGGGAUGUUGACUUGGACACCCAGUAUAGGUAUCUUUCAGGCAUGAUGGGAGCACUUUACCAAGGUGGAAUGGAAGGUGGUUGGAUAAGAGAGUCUCCGCCACCAAAGGCCCCUAAAGUGUCCCGUCGUAAACCCCUUACUACAAGUCGAAUGAUCCAACCGUCAAGUGAAAAGGAAGGGCCUCCACCUUCGUCCCAUGAGGGUGGAUUUGAGCCCCUGGAUCUGUCUCGACGUCCCUCCCCUGGCCUGGGAGAAAUGGAAGAAGAUGGAGUCAUGAAUUUAGGAGAAGGAGGAGUUGUUGAGGACAAUGAGGGCUCACUUGGAGUCAAACUAAGCCAGUGUUUGUUUUGCCCUUUCCGGACAUCCUCGGCAGAGUUGAUGGCCAUGCACCUCCAGGUCAACCACACUAAUAAGUCAAGGCGUAAAAGAGGAUCUUCUUCUAAUACAGAAGAGGAUGUAACCUCAAAGGCUACCAAGCUAGAUUCUGUGUCUAUGUGGAAGCAUGUAAGUGAUGCGGAGUCCCAAGUACCGUUUGCUGAGUGGUCUACAUCUCAAACUCAGACCUUCAAUGGCCUUUCUGAGGAUAAAACAGAACAUCAGGUCAAUGGGCUUGAACUCCCAAGCUACAACAGGGCAUCUGUGUCCAAUCAUGUAACAGAAAGUUUUGGACUUAGGGAGCAAUCGGAUGAAGAAAAGGAAGACCAAGAAGAUAUUUCAGAAGAUAAUCUGGAUGACAGCAGUCUGGGGAUCUCACCGGAUCCAGCUCUGAGGAUGUCCCUCACUAUUUCACCAGUCUUAGACGCCUACCACAUGGCAGAAAAAGAAGAAACAUUCUAAACCAUUAUGUCACAUAAUAAACAAACAGAGUAAAUCCUUUCAGAAAAAUAAAUAGGUUUUUAAGGUAAAAUGAAGAAUUGCAGCAUUUUUAUUUGCCGAGGGAUGAUUUUUGAAUUUUGAGUUGAAUUUUCAGACAGUUGGGAGAGUUCACAGCUGUUUCAUUCUCCCUGAAAUGAUUGCUUUUCAGAUAGGGUGGCAUGCUCCACUUCAACCCACAGACUAGCUGAAAGAAAAGCAUAGCAGUGCAGGAACUGUUGCCCACUUUAAGUUGGGCACAUCUUCCGGAGUUGAGGAGAAGAAAACAAAAUUCACAUCAUUCCAGAGUGUAUUAAAAAUGCAAUCAUUUCA